AAUGGCAGAAAGCAUGGCAGGGAAUGUCAAUUACGGCGCGUGUGGCUGACAUGACUGGGGUAUCUGAGACUCACACCAGCAAGGGGAAGCCCCUGGGUGAGUGCCCCGUGUGCUACGAGAAAUUCCACCCGCUGGAGGCUGCCCAGAGGACACUGAGCUGUGGACACACCUUCUGCCAUGACUGCCUGGUGAAGUGCCUGCUCUCCACCAGGCUAGACGGGCAGGUCCAGAACAAUCUCAUCUGCCCUGUCUGCCGCUAUGUGACGUUCCUCAGCAAGAAGGUGACCCGCUGGCCUCCCAAACCAAGGGAGCCCCCGCAACCUCUGGAGCUGGCUCUCUCACCCUCCUUGUUACCCCACCUAGCAAAGUCAGGGCCAGACAACACCUUGGUGGUCCCCAGCCAUUUUGUGAUGCCAGUGCAGAGCUAUGACAGGAGCGACAGCAUGUGUGGUGUCCCCAUGGACUCAAUGGCCAUGCCGACCGGCCUGGCUCGGGAAGCCCACGUCUUCGUGAUCAGUGAUCAUGGGAUGCCGCUGGUGGAGGAGAACUGUAGGUCAGAGGUUAGGGGACGCAGCACAGAGGCGCCAGAGUCAGGGGCAUCCAUGAGUUCCCUUGGGAUGCGGUGCUGCCAGUCACCCAUUAUACUGGCUGUUCUCCUCAUCUCGACAGUCGCCCUGUUGGCGGCUGUGUUCCCUUGGGUCCUGUUGGUGAAGAGGAGUUCCUGAGCGGGACUGGAGAACGCUCCAAACAGGACCCAGGCAGAGAGCUGUGCCUAGAACCCAACACUUGCAGAGAUACCCAGUGCCUCUAGGCGAAUGCCCCCUUCUCUUGGGCACAACUCAGGAUCCUUGGAUUGUCUGCAAUAUGGAAAUCCUGCAGGUGGCCAUGAUGCAAAUACCUGUGGGCUUGCUGGCCAGUGUUUGCAUGGGAGAUCUCUGAGGAAUGCCCAGAGGCUGCAGGAAAAGGCACCAUGACUUAGCAGGUGUUGCACUUCCUUCUGACCGAGGGGCUGAACCAGUGCCCCGGCGAGGUGCUGGGGGCCGUGCGCCAGAGUGAGUGGGUGGGUGGUGCUGAGACAGCUCAGGGGUGCAGGGCUGGCAGAGGUGCUGCCUUGGAGCCAAGAGGCCAUGCCAAGGACCUGGCCCCUUGUGAUAAAUGUAUUCAGACACCAAGUCAC